UCUUUAAAAUGAGUAAUCAGUUUUACUUAUUAGGAAAUAAAUGGAAGCCUUCUUAAUGGAGCUUGUUCUGUGUUUGCUUCUCUUCUUUACAAGAAGAACUUGGGCAAUAGACACUUUAACCCAAGGGCAGUCCAUAAAAGAUGGUGAAACUCUUGUGUCAGCAGGUGGAAGCUUUGAACUGGGAUUUUUCAGUCCUGGGAAUUCCAAGAGUCGAUACGUGGGAAUUUGGUACAAGAAAGUAUCAACUGGAACUGUUGUAUGGGUUGCCAAUAGGGAAAAUUUAGUUUCAGAUGCCUCAGGAGUUUUAAGUAUCAAUGAGAAAGGCAUUCUUUCAAUCAUGAAUGGCACCAAAGGCAUUGUUUGGUCUUCAAACACAUCGAGGAAAUCAGCAGAGGAGCCGAUUGCACAACUCCUGGAUUCGGGAAAUUUCGUAGUGAAGGACCGAAAUGAUAGUGAUUCGGAAAACUUUCUUUGGCAAAGUUUUGAUCAUCCUUGCGAUACCUUUCUACCAGGAAUGAAGAUUGGAAUAAACUUUGUCACCGGUUCCGAGAGGCAUGCAUCAUCCUGGAAAAACACGGAAGAUCCUGCUCCGGGCAUAUAUACUUACAGGGUUGACUUGCAGGGGUACCCACAGGUAGUUGUUAAAAAGGGAGCUGAUAUAUUAUUCAGAGCAGGUUCAUGGAAUGGUCUUUAUCUCACAGAUGGCCCACUGGCUGUUAAUCCAUUAUAUUCAUCUGAGUUUGUAUUGAAUGAGAAUGAGGUUUACUACACAUACAAUGUGCAAAACAAUUCAAUAUAUACAAGGUUUUUAUUGAAUCCAUCAGGUCUAACACAACGCACCUUAUGGAAUGAGAGGACAAAUAACUGGGAGGUUUACGCCACAUCGCAAUCGGAUCAAUGUUCGAUCUAUGCCCAUUGUGGACCAUAUGCUACUUGCAGCACCAAUGAGUCUCCACCAUGUAAAUGCUUGGAAGGGUUCAUCCACAGAUCAGCAUCUCCCAGGGAUAUUAAUUCAGUAGAUUGGUCAUAUGGAUGUACUCGAAGGACACCGCUGACAUGUCAUGGUGGAGACAGCUUUCUCAGGAAAACUGGCCUAAAAUUACCGGACACUUCGAAAACUUGGGCAAAUAUUAGCAUUGAUCUUAAGGAGUGUGAGAAAUUGUGUUUGAAGAAUUGCUCUUGCACUGCAUACGCGAAUUUAGAUAUCCGAGAGGGAGGCCAUGGCUGCUUGCUGUGGUUUGGAGACCUAAUUGACAUCAUAGAAUUCAGUGAGGGUGGACAGGACCUUUAUAUCAGGCUGGCUACUUCUGAUCUGAAUCAUAUACGAAGCAAAGGAAAGCUAAAUGAAAAGCUGAAGGCUGUAAUCAUAGCCAUCUCUGUAAUAAUAGCCAGCGGAAUGACAAUACUAGCAUUGUUGUUGUAUGUUCAGAAGAUCAUGCUUAGAAACACAGGGGAACAUGGAAAGGAAGAUUUAGAGUUGCCUGUUUUUGAUUUAACAACCAUAGCUACUGCAACUAAUAACUUCUCGAGCAACAACAUCCUUGGACAAGGUGGAUUUGGUCCUGUUUACAAGGGAACAUUGAUUGAGGGGCAAGAAAUAGCAGUGAAGAGACUUUCAAAGAAUUCGGGACAAGGACUGGAAGAGUUCAAAAAUGAAGUAACAUUGAUUUCCAAACUCCAGCACCGCAAUCUUGUAAAGCUCUUUGGUUGUUGCAUCAGGAAAGAUGAAAAGAUGUUAGUUUAUGAGUACAUGCCUAACAAAAGUUUGAACUACUUUAUUUUCGAUCAAACAAGAAGCAAAUUACUGGACUGGCGUAUACGAAUGCAUAUUAUCGAUGGAAUUGCUAGAGGGGUUCUUUAUCUUCACCAUGACUCUAGAUUGAAGAUUAUCCAUAGAGAUCUCAAAGCAAGCAAUAUUUUACUAGAUCAUAACAUGAAUCCGAAGAUAUCUGAUUUUGGCUUAGCUCGAAAGUUCGGAGUAGAUCAGACUCAGGCCAAAACUAAAAGAGUGGUUGGAACAUACGGUUAUAUGUCCCCUGAAUAUGCUUUGGAUGGGCUUUUUUCAAUGAAAUCCGAUGUCUUCAGCUUUGGAGUUUUGGUUCUGGAGAUACUAUCAGGAAAGAAAAACAGGGGAUUUUCCCACCCAGAACAUGACCAUAAUCUUCUUGGACAUGCAUGGAAAUUGUGGAUGGAAAAGAGGCCAUUAGAACUAAUCGACCCUGCAAUAGGCGACUCGUAUGAUGCAACCGAAGGGUUAAGAUGCAUCAAUGUAGCUCUAUUAUGUGUGCAACAAUGCCCCCCUGACAGACCUAACAUGUCAUUGGUUUUGGUCAUGUUGUGCGGUGACAGUGUAUUGCCCCAACCAAAGCAGCCUGGGUUUUUCAUCGAAAGAAAUCUGCCUAUGGCAGACUCUAUAUCAGUCAAAAAUGAAAUUUCCUCCAUGUAUAGAUCUAUUACAUCAUUAGAGCCACGGUAGACGCUUGUAAAAUACUUUCAUGAUAUGUUUGGAUAAAUCAAUUAGGCCUUGCUUCAUUCAUACACCGAAAGAAGAAAAGAAUUUAUGAA